GCAGCUGUGCUUGAACCACACAUUUAAUGGUAUUCGAAUAUUUCAUUAAUCGUUUGAAUAAUAAAACUAUACAAGCACAUUUUAUUACUUAAUUGGAUACAUAAAAUUGAUGGCUUUAAUUUAGGAAUAAUGGAAAGAGGAAAGAGGAACUUCAAUCUAUUUUCUAUUUAUUUACGUAAAUAUGCGCGUAUUCAAAUAUACUAUGCCUCUGCACUAGUAUCAUCUAUGUAUUGUGUUUGUAAUUACAUAUUAUAACUUUAAAAUCAUUGAAAUAUUUGUUGGAAAUACGACGAUAAGUGAUGACAACUACUAUUUCCUUUUUUAUGUCCUCGGAGAUAUAAGAAUCUUUCGUAAAAACAUGAUCUACAAAAACUUUUGAUUUUUAUUACUUUUUUGUGCGUUAAUUUUUCCAUGAUAUUUGUUUAUGUUGAAAUGCUGAGAAGCAGGUCAAAUAACCAUAAAGAUAUAAAACAGCCCUAAUCGCAUUUACCCACUGGUCUAACAGGGUAAAAAGAAUCAUAAUAUAAUACCCAAUUAACUCGAUCCUUCUCCGAAUCACAAUGAACGUAAUUCAGGUUAGUUUAUGGAUUACCAUAUUGAAACGUGAUUCGGGUUAGUUUCUGUAUAUUUCAAAGCAAUGUAGUCUUUUAUCAUCAUAAAUAAAAUUCUUUUUUGACAAGAUUAUUUGUUAUUUGUAUGGAGCUCUAUGAUUUUCUUAAACUGCCAGUACUCAAAUUUACAAAAAAGAAGACUAGAAAAGUUCACUCAUUGUUUUGAUAGUUAAAUCAUAAUCAGUUAAUCGUUAUUUAUUGAUUGUCUUAAUGUUAACGUGAUAUAUAAAACUAUAAAUGGAUUAUUUUUAACUAGUAGAUAAAUAUGUAGAUAACUUUUUGAAAUGAAUUUCGGAGGUGCAAUACGCUUAAAUAAGUUUGGCAUAUUUAUUAUAGUAUGUAUUAUUUUUGUGUUUGGGUUACACAUUUUUUCCAAAGAUGCUGAAAGUAAGUCAGAACCUAAAAAAAUAAAUUUACGUACUCUAUUAAACGUGGCAAUAAAAGCAGCAGAAAAUGGUGGCAAAAAGAUAAUUGAAAAUAAAGAUAAUCUAAAUAUUAAAAGUAAAGGAUUAACAAAGGAAGGUCUUCCUGAAAGGGUUACAAACGCAGAUGUAUUAUCUCAUUGUGAGAUGCUUAACACUAUAAGGAAUCAUUUUCCUACCAUUACACUUAUCUCAGAAGAACAUGUCCAAAGCUGUGAUGAUAAAUCUAGUGAUAAUUCUAUAAAAGACUUUGUAGAUACAAGAAUUGAAAGUUUGAUUAACGAAAAUGAUAUAACAAUUUGGAUAGAUCCAUUGGAUGCUACUCAUGAAUUCACAGAGAAAUUGUACACCUACGUUACAACUAUGGUAUGUGUAGCAGUUAAAGGUAAACCAAUAAUCGGUGUUAUUCAUAAACCAUUUGAUAAAAGUACAUCAUGGGCUUGGGUAGGAAAAACUAAGUCAACAGACUUAAAUGUUCAAGAAAAGUCUACUGAAGAUAAUCUUAAAGUGAUUGUAUCUCGUUCACAUAAAGGUGAUGUAGAAAAAGUUCUUCAGAAAAACUUUAAACAAAAAAUAGACGUCGUCAUUGCUGCAGGUGCUGGUUAUAAAGCAUUGGAAGUAGCAAAGCAUAACGUGGAUGCGUAUGUUCAUAUAACGGCUAUUAAAAAAUGGGACAUAUGCGCAGGGAACGCUGUAAUCAAUGCUUUGGGUGGGAAGAUGGUAAACAAACUUGGUGAGGAACUAGAUUAUAGCAAGGAUGCAGAAGUAAUCAACGAAAAUGGUUUAGUGGCAUCUAUAAAUAAUUAUAAAGAAUUUAUAGGUAAACUCGAUCUUAAUUAGUUGGUAGAUAAUGAUAUCAAUUAUGAUAAUUAUUCAAUAUAUUUUGUUGAUCAGAAUAAAAUUAAAACUAUGACUUUA